GCCUGCUCUCAUCUGUACAUAUUCCUUCCGGUCUCUGUGUCUCUCAGAAAGGAAAAUGGCGGCUCUCGGACGGCUCUCUCAAGUGUUGCUAAGGUCUUCUUUGACCCAGAGCCGGCGUCAGCUUUCUGCUGCUGCUGCCGGACACGGCGAGCAGUCAGCCAAGACAUGGAAGAUCCUCACUUUUGUGGUUGCCCUACCUGGUGUUGCCGUGUGCAUGUUGAACAUGUUCUUGAAAGAGCAGAAUCAUAGCCACGAACAGCCAGAGUUUGUCCCUUACACCCACCUUCGCAUUCGCAGCAAGCGUUUCCCUUGGGGUGAUGGCACCAAAACUCUCUUCCACAACUCUCAUGUGAAUGCCCUUCCUGAUGGCUACGAGGGUCACGAUGAGUAAACCCUCUCUCCAGACCUCAUAACAGGGACCAGUCCUCCCUCAGCAUUUGUUACUGGACCACACUUCCUUUCACAGUUUACUCUUCAUUUUUGUUGUUUACCUCUGUGCUCUCAACAUGCAUGCGGGCACCCGAACCAACUGUUCCUUUGCUCUGGACCAUUAAACAAAAUGUCUGCUUAAACUGAAUUAACAUAAAUAAAGUAACUAUUAUUACCUCCA